AUGAGAGAAUACCUUCAGCUGAGACAUAUGAAUGAGGGAGAGAUUUUUAUCAAUUCUACUUAUUACAUGCCUCAUCAUGCCGUAUUGAAGGAAUCAAGUACUAUGACUAAACUGAGAGUCGUUUUCGAUGUUUCAGCUAAAACAACGUCGGGACUUUCAUUAAAUGACCUUUUGAUGGUUGGACCAAAAGUACAGCAAGAGCUGUUUCCAAUUCUUCUACGGUUCAGAACUUACAAAAUUGCGGUAUGUGCCGAUGUAGAUAUGUUCAGACAAAUCCGUGUCCACCCAGAAGAUACAAAUUGGCAACGAAUACCAUGGAGGGAUAGUCCUAGAGCACCCUUGAGUGCAUUCAGAUUAGUAACAGUUACGUAUGGGACUGCCUGUGCACCAUAUUUGUCUACUAAAGUAAUGAAACAACUUGCAUUAGACGAACAAGCGAGAUUCCUUUGGCAUCAAAAAUUGCCCUUCGUGACUUUUAUGUUGAUGAAUUGCUUUUAG